CUUGCAUGCACAGGAACCGUCGCAGAACCACUGAAACCUUAACGCACAGAAUGUGUCAAGCGCAGGAGCAUUGAGUUUGCAUAGCAUAGUCUCUUCCUGCGGCGUGACAUCGGGGGUGUAAAUGUUCUUUCUCUGCAACCGCCAAGAGAGUUAGUUAGUGCGACGAGUGUCCAUCGGUGGCCCCGCGAACGUUUGGUCGUUGAGCCGAUCCGAUGCGGCCCGCAAGGCAUAUUGGGGAUUUGUCGGCUGUCACGCCGAGACGUUGCGGGAAGAUGGCAGAAUUCCCAGGCCGAGAUAGCAACAUGCGACUUACAUACGACUUACGUGUGGGCGGACAUAUGUUCGGGUUCCCGGUUGCAAGCAAAUAUAUCUUGCGGAGUACAUAUGACCUGGAGAUCACUGCGCGACGUGGGCCCGAAAUGAGGUCAGCCCGGGCAACCAACGACUGGCUAGCAUUCUUCGCGAGAAUCUUAGCGCCUUCUCAGAGUGAUCGACGCGGGUCCAGAGGGUUUGAAUUGAGAGACCGAAACGUAAAGUGGAGGCCGAUGUGCGAAGCUAAAGAUCGGGGGCGAGGUGACUUUCUUCUUGAUGCAUUCAACCUCCGAGUUAUCUCUUGCGCCUUCACCCUUCAUUCAUUUGCACUAGCUUCAAUUCAAUCCAACGGGGCCUUCAAUGGGGAAACGGAAACGACAGUUGCGUCCUCUCGCAACAGACUACGCGCACAGACGCAGAUGUGAUCCCUUGAACGCUCACUGCCAAAACGUCGGCCAAGUUAGAUGCGCGUCUCAGAGUUGCGCGACGGGUGCAACAGAAUAAUAUAGCCGAUUCGCGACGUCUCCGACCACCCAAUCGAGGCCUACACGGACGGACAUCGAAACCGAGUUGCGAAAAAGCGGACCAGAUUUUCCACUGAUGGGACUUGAUAGCGCGCAGAUCUAGCGCCUGGAAGCGAAUCAGAUAAAAAGAUGAUAAUAUUUGGAACACCAGGCAGACAACGACUCACAUCGCGGAUCUCGGACUCGCUCAUAGAUCCCCGGAGAUCCCGUUUGUUCGCAAAAAUAAGAAGAGUAUGGAGGCCGGGAAUUAUAUGCUGAUAAGCGGAGGACAUAUCACUGAUACGCGAAAGUUUGCCGACAUGGCAUCAAUGUCAUGAUGCGCUCUAUGUCAUGAUGCGCUCUGUCUGGACCCCGAACGCUGAAGUGUAUUACUAGCAUUGACACGCCUACGGAGCGUAUGAGCGC